AUGCUGGAUUUACUGACCCUAUUUGAAUGGGUGGUGUCAAUUUCCUGUGUCUUGAUUGCUAGUCUCAUAGCCAUUGACAAGCUCGUAAUAGACGGUAAACGGGACUUACAUCCAAUAGCAUUGAGUCAACAAUCGAACGUUGCUGGUGUUCGAAGGAAGAAUGAAACGGCAGUUUAUCGUAAUUUUACAGUUCCGCCCGGUUUCCCACUUACCACGGGUCUGGCACUCAGUUUGGGGUAUAGAAUACGAAACGGUAAUUUUGGAGAUAUUUGGGAAGGAAUUAUGAGCAAAUCGGUAGGAAGAGGCAUUGAGAUUGAGAAUACUAGUGUGAGUUUAAGUCGUAUAAAUGGGUUGGCGAAAUGCGUUAGUGGUAGACUUUUGAAAUAUAUGCCAAACGAUGGAAGAGUGGGCAUUGCAGUACCGUUGUGGACAUUGCCAGGGCUAUCGGUGAGCUUAGCAGCGUUAAUGAGUUCAUUGGAAGGUGUGGUACCAUGUUUUUUACCUGCUGUACCUCGCACAAAUCUUAAAUUGAACGUUUUGGUAAUUGACUCAUGGGAUACAUUGAUGAUGAUGCGUGACAGUCACGAAUGGUACCAAUGGAUAAUUGUCUGCGACGAAAAGCACAGACCUCCGAAUUUCUCAAUUGAAAACGUUGUGAUGUGGUCCGCGUUGACAUCUGAUGCUGUGGACGAUGAUCAUUUCAGUUAUGCUCCACCUUCUGAUAAUAGUGAUGACACCAAAGUAUUGGCCAUGGUGACUUCGCCUUGGAAUCAUACCAAUAGUUUCACACAAGGUGCAUUAGUGAGCAGUGUGGCGGCAUACGUAAAGUCUUUUCCCCUAGGGCAGGAGCUGACUGAGGAAGACCAUUUGGCCCUUGCGUUCGACAGAGACACGGAGAAAUCUUACUAUUUCCAAAGCUGGACCAAGUUAUUGUCGGUUCUCCUGUAUGGUGGAAGCGUAUCGCUUUUUGGCCCCGAUCAAGAGUUCUUUAAUCCAAAAAUCACAUUACUUCAGCUUGACGCGCAAAAUCCUGGAUUAGAAGCUCUCUUGCAAAAACCUCUCAGCGUUUUACAAAAGCUUAAACUCUCAUGGGCGUCAACGCUAUUCAGCAAUGGAAUUUUCACCAAAAUCUCCAAAUUUGACUCGAAAGUAAGAAAACUGCGGUGUGUUUACAUUGCAAAUCACGCUAGAAGCCUCCAAUACGUUGAUGAACUGAGCGAGCAGAUUCCAUGUUUGCGGAAACGGUCAGAAAAUCGUCUAUCAUCAUCGCAACAAAAUCUUCUAAGAGGUUUGCUUGGUUCACGACUUAUACCGGAACUCUAUAGUCCUUAUCUGGUCAUGGGUCCUGUAGCCAGCGCCAAUUUUUAUGAUUACAGAGUCUUUCCCGAAGCUACGGAUAUCAAAUUUGCAUUUUACGGUCCCAUCACUACAUCUAUAGAGGCUAAACUUGUUGAGACAAAGGAAAAUCCAGAUUUAUCAGUCGAAAGUCGACAAGGUAUGCUUUGCAUUCGUGGAUUUACCAUUGGGAAGCCUGUUGAAAACGAUCGCCUUGAAAAAGCAGCGAAGAUCGUUCAGAGGUUUGACGGUGGGGGAGGGUGGAUGCCACUUUUGGGAGAAUUCUGUCUCUGGGGUAGUGACGGCUGCCUGUAUGAAUACAAAUAA